AUGAAGGACUACGCUGGCUUAUUCGACGCCAUGGUAGCAAACAUCACCGCCCCACCUCUAUCACUUGAUGAAUUCCGCCUGUUCGUCUCUCGCGAUUCGCAAGCAAAAAAUGCGCUUGCAUUCUGUGAGUGGUACCAGCGCUAUCGCACUGUAUAUUUCGACCGCAGCGGCGUGCAAUCACUACACAAGACAGCAACUACUGCAGCUAGCUCACGUCCUGGAAUACCCGAGCAGUUUGCGCUGUCGAAUUCCAACUUGUCGUCGCUGAGAUCAGCCCGUUUGCCUGUUGACCGUAUCUCGAUGCGGUCAAUCUCGGUACCAAAUUUGCGAUCCCGUGGCUUGAAUGCCGCAGCAGCCUCUGGCGGAAACAUUUACACGCUCAAGGCUCACAGCUUUACAGAUCUUCAUCAGGGUGCUGCUAGCCACGGCCGCAGCACGAUCAGCUCUGGAACCACGGACACACAGAGCUCAUCCAGCCUACAUGCAGCUUCCUUCGGCCCACACCAGGCCAAGGAGCAGGGAGCCGACACUGACCAGGAGAGCGCUUCUGAGGCUACGCCAGUUGCCCACGCUGAAACACCCGCAAAGGCAUUGCUCAGUCGCCGGCGACACUCACUACCCGCUACGCCUUGUGACUAUGUGCUCGAGUCUGAAUCCAAAGAGCAGGAGGAAAACAGGCAGCAAAUACAGUCUCUACUUGUCCUGGAGUGCUGGAUGCGAUUCCUUGACGACAACGCCGCCGAACAGUUGGUCAUCCCAGAUGCUGAACUGCGGUUUAUCAAGGAGCGCCUGCCGCUCAGCAUCACCCAUCUAACGCGGCCACUGCUCUGCCCAGGCGACAUGAUUUCAGCCCGGUCGUCAGCCUCAGGCGCCAAAAUUAAUUCAGCAGCGGCGACAGUUGCACAGUCGCGUACUGGUGACGACGACUCUAUUGAAAUCGGGAGCCACGAGCCGCAUAAUCCUCGUCGCAUGGUGACUCUUGGCCUGGUUACCCAGCGCUCGCUUCAGUUUCAGCAGCCCGAUUAUAUUCUCAAGCGCAACUUCGUCUCUCAAGUCCAGCUGCGUCGGGUUAAUCUGGACCAGGUUCAGUCCCCGCUGUCGCUUAAAUUCGGAGUCAAAUAUUCCGACUCUGAAUCUGACGAUUAUGCUGAGGUGCAUGUAGCUGCGCUAAAUGGCUCAACCACUGCAAAGGAUUUUAUUGCUGGCAUUCGCCGCAUCUCUACCAUGCCCACCAUGAGAUUGGGAAAGAUGAUGUCCCAGCUGGCACUCAACCCUGACGCUGAUUCGAUAUCGCCUACUGAGGCGACGGCAAUGCGCACUCAACGCCUCAUCUCUGUUGGCGAGCUCCGAAAACACCACCCUUCGUUGCGUCCUCGCCCGCCUUUCGUGUCUGUUAUCUCCGGAGGCAAGAACGUCGAUAUUCUAGGAUACAAACCGGUUCCACAGUCUAUUUCCGAGCUGCUUGAGCCAAACGCUGUUCCUCCAGCUCUCUUUGACACCAUUGCAAAGCUAGCAACGGCCCACCUUGUUGCCAACCACUUUCCAGACUUUUGCUGGCAGGCGUCGCAGAACAUUUCGCGUAAGGAGGGUAUCAUCGGUUUAGCCGCUGCGUUUAUGUCGCUUUUCGUAGGCCUCGCCGUAGCCACUGCCAUGACGCUGGGCCAUGUGCACACCGCUUGGCGAGCAUUUGCCCUCCCGUUCCUGUUUGCUGCCUGCUCGAUUGGCGUGGUUGCAUGGCGACGUGUCAGCAUCUGUCUGUGGUUUAUGCGCAGGCGGUCGACGAGAAUUGUCAAAUCACACAUGCUAACCCGUACUCGCGAUCCCGAGAUGGCUGUGCAAACCGAUCCCAGCCAACAGGGGCUCGAUCUCAAACGUGUGCGUAUCAUCACAGGGACAUUCGUCGACCCGUACCAGGCCUGCAUCUCUGGCACUGUCCUUACCGGCUGGCAGUACAUAUCUGGAUCCUGCGGUAAUAUAGUUGCAAUUCCUGCCGCUGUCUCAAGUCCUUCACUGUGGUCGUACCAGACCACACUGAUGCCGGUCAACAGCUUCGUGAGUAGACUGGUAACACUAAUGCUGCGCUCACGGUGCAUGGGCAGCUCAUGGACGAUUGACCUAGACCAGCACUACUACGAGGUAAUUGAGCCCGAGGUGCUACAUGACCAGUCCCGCACUGUUCUUAUCGAGCUUGCUAUCAUACUGGUGCUCUUCACGAUAAUCGCUGCGAUUGUGUUUGUAUGGUGA